AUGGCAGAGCGAUUGCACCGAAUGAAGGGAAAUAUGGACAAGUUUGCAGCAUACAAACAUGCACGAGAAGGCAGGAAAAGGGACUGGAAGGUUGAUGAGGACAUCACAUUAUACGACGAGGUUACCAAAGACCAGUACAAGAGUAUCAUGCGGGGAAGACUGCAGGAGGACGAUUUUGUCAUUGACGAUGGUCUAUUGAUCGAAACGUGCAUUACAGCCAAGAAGAGAACUGGGGAUGCUGUCGCCAAGUCGAAGGCAAAAUCAAAGGCUCCACCUCCACCUGUCGCGCAGCCUUUGAUCAGUGUGUAUCGUCCAGCCAUAUCUGCCGAACAGGAAAAUGAUUUUAUGGCGAACCUUCCUGAAGGCAUUGAGUCAAAUCCAAGUCUCGCUCCGAAGAGGACAAAGAAGAGGAAACCCUUGCCAUCGCCUGAUUAUGACAAUGUGAAACCUGUUAUCGAUUCCUCACCUGUUCUGUACAGAGAACGGAAGAGUUCUAAGAACUUUAACUACGACCCUUACUCGUCUGAUGGUAUGCCUGACGACCUAGGUUCAUCUAACCCACCCUCCAGUGACCUCAUCUCCGAAGACAACAUCGUACAUGUGCUGGCAGAAUUUGCUCCAUUGCUUAAGAACCUCUCAGCAGUCCUUGGGGCACGGGCCCAGGGAGACACUAAGCGUGGUCGCCGCAUGACAAUGCAACCAAUCACUUCAAAAUGUGCCACCUCGUGA